GAUAGAGGACAUAAGAAGAAGCCAACCGACCGCAGUUCUUGGUUUUCAGAUACAUGUAGGAGACAACGGUUAGAAGCGAGCUGUUUUGGAGAAGAAGUUUACAUGUUCUACUAUCUGUCAGAAUGGCAAAGUUACUCGGAUACAUCUUCGUGGCGCUGAUAGCGAACGAGCUGGUCGUGGCAGCGAAAAUGCCCAACUUCGUCUUUCUCAUUUGCGAUUCUAUGGAUGGCCGUGUGGUGGACCCGACAUCGCCGAUAUCGCAAGCCAUGGCCACACCUACGUUCGACAAGCUGGCGAAGAACGGCGUGAACUUUGUCAACAACUACUGUCCGAGUCCCCAGUGCGUGCCGAGUCGUGCGGCAAUGUUCAGUGGACGGUUUCCACACAAGACAAAGGCGUGGAGCAACGGGCAAGGACUAUGUAAGACAUGGAGUGACACAGAUCCUGACAAGUGUACAGAUCAGGGCACAAAUAAAUACUGGAAUACGUUUGAUUCCAUCCUGGAGAAGCACGGUUAUACUGUCAACCUUAUUGGCAAGGUGGAUGUAGGUGCUGGUUUGGGCGGUGGAUUCCACGGUGAGGAUGCCUAUGCUGCUCUGACUGCCUGGACGCGAGGUGCCAACAUCACUCACCCGCAGAAACAGGAUCCGAGAAACCUAGUCAGCAACAGCUCAAAAUUACCAAAGGAGGGAGACUGGAAGACAAUUGAAAAGUGCGUGGAGUGGCUAUCUACUGAAGCAAAGAAGAGCGAACCGUACUUCCUAUACUGCAGUGUAAACAUCCCUCAUCCAAAUUAUCAAACCAAUGCAACCUGGUUGGCCAUGGUCAAUGAAACAGCAGUGACUGUGCCGAAAUGGCUUCCAUGGGAAGAAAUGCACCCAGCUGACCAGUAUGAGAGUGCGUCUAAAGCUUUGUACUACGAUGGACUGGAACCCUUCAGUAAUGAUGAUAUUCUCAAUGUACGCCGGGCCUAUUACGCAAUGGUGUCCGAAACGGAUGCCAUGUUUGGCCGUGUCAUUGAUCUGGUUGAUUUGGAAGAUACAAAUGUCAUCUUUACAUCGGAUCACGGUGAAGGCAAUAUGGAACACAGGCAGAACUGGAAGAACUCCAUGUAUGAUGCCAACAAUCGAGUGCCUCUGCUCAUGUCUGGUGUUGGAGUGACACAGGAUUUGAUGGUUCAUAACGCCACUUCUAAUAUUGAUCUUUACCCGACUAUGCUGAAGUGGGCCGGUAUCAACGACUUUUCCAUGGAUGGUCUGGAUGGUAGAGACAUCACACCAUUUUUUGCUGCAGAACCUCAGCAGAAGAUGCAGCCAAACUACAUCGUGGGAGAAUACCACUCCAAUAUGGCCAACACUGGCCACUUCAUGGUGAAGAAGGACAACAUGAAGCUGAUUGAUUUUGGUCGUACACCACCGUUUCAGGACUACAAGCCACAGCUGUUUGAUUUGAAGGCUGAUCCUGAAGAGCUCAAUGACAUUUCCGCCGCUAAUCCGUCAAUGGUGAAAGAAAUGCAGCAGCUACUGACUACCAGGAUGGGAGAUAUUCAGGCAAUUGACCAAGAGGUCAAGACUCAGGACAAACAGCGCUUUCGCCAGUGGAUGGGCUUGCACAAGGAGAAUUGGCCACAGAUGCUGCAGAAAGCGGCGUACUACGGGCCAGGUCCUACCAAGUGGGGUACUGAUGCUGACAUCAAGCAAAUCACAGACUGGUUGAAUGGUACUACAACAGCAUAGACGACGGCACACAGGCUAUCUCUAUUAGCAAACUACAACAUGACUUCUGCCUGCUGAUAUUAUCCCCGUGUAGUCAUGAGAACAAGUCACCCCCCCCCAACUUUACUGGAAAUAUUCAGUUUCAUGAAAAGUUUUUCACUUGUAUGUACAUGUAGUAGAGUAUCUUAUACUAGUUAUAGCUCCACUAGGGACAUAAUUAUUCUGACACUCUUUUUGAAGUCAUUUCCGCAGUUUAUUUGACCACAUUUCAGAGGGCAGCACUUUGGUGCAGAGCCCAGAGAACUCAGUCAUUGUCA